CAAAAGUUCUUGCGUUUAGUUAGUCUCUGUCAGGGUGUUAACCUUGUAUGACUGAAAAUGAUGUCCAAGAAGCCAAGGUGGCAGGAGACCCCAAUGAACACUAAGACCAACAAUCCCACACAGAAGAAAGGGGGAAAGGACCUCACAUCACUACCAGCACCUGGAGGGAAGCAGGCGGGCAGCAGUGUGUCUAAAGCCGGUGUCAGCAGCGGACGGAGCAGCAGCCUGGGCAGAGGCAGCAACUUAACUGCAGCUGUUAGUAAAGUUGGCGGGAGUUUGAAAAGAGGCAGCCUCAGCCACCCGGGCUCUGCUGGUCACCCGGUUGCCAGACAAGCAUCCCACACAGCCAGAGCAGGUCCCCGCCUCUGCAGCAGCCGAAGCUUUUCAUCCCUCCACACCACCUCCCUCUCUGCUGUUCCCUUCAUGAGAAGCAGCCGCUCUCUCAACAGGCUCGACCAGAAAUCUGCCGGAGAAGAGUCAGACGGUGCAUUAGGGAAGUCACAAGCUAAGAAAGGACAAGCCUCUGGGAAGAAGACCCUGAACUCUAGUCGGUUGUCUUCCUCUUUGGAGAAAAUCAGAGGUAGCAAAGAGCCAUGCCAUGGAAAUAAUGCUGACAGAAUGAAAACAAGCAGCUCCCCUCAGCUAGCAGAGCCUUCCUCCUCUUUGGUUUCCACCAGUGCACAACACCAUCACUGCAUCAAAGCAAAGAAACUGACCACAGACGGGGUGUACACGCUGUGUGCAAUGACUGCUGGGAUGAAACGGAACUGGGUCCACGCAGUGUUCAAGAACGUGCGGCCCAGUUUUACACAUGACAACACAAGCUCUCUUUCAGAGCCGGAGACUCAGCAGCUGCAAGAACAUGGAAUGAGCAACCAGAGAGAAGUUUCACAUCAGCAGCAGGAAAAAGAGGACUCCAAAGUGCAGGUAGAAAGAGUGCAGAGCUCAGUCAAUGGAAACGCUUCAUUGUCUCUUCUCCCUGGCUCACCUGGUGCUCCAGCUCCUACCGAUUCUCCAUCCCAGGUGGAGGAGGAGGGCACAGCUGCUCACCAAUGCUCAUUUCUUAGUGGAACCACACAAACUGCAUGUGGUCUUCUGUGCAAAGGGUGGGAAGAAUGCCAAAGUCUCAGCUCAGUGGUGCUGCCAAAGGACGUGGUGAAUGACAGUUUGAACAUGCAGACUGCAAGUGAAUAUCAGACUAAACAGAGUCUCCAGAGGGAAGACCAGCAGGUAAACAGCACCUGUGAUUGCACAAAAGUUGAGGAAACUCUGGCAUGUGAGCAGCAAACUGGGCAACUUGUCAAAGAGCUGGAACAAACUCAGAGGGAACUGUCUCGACUCCAGCAGUUAAACAGGAAUCUGCAGGACGAGCUGCAAAGAGAGAAAGAGAUCCAUUCAAGGGAUUGCUUUGGCGCACAGAAUAACACCAACUCAUCUUCACAGCAAUCUUUGGCUCUACAGCGACUGCAGAAGAUAAAUCAGGACCUUCGCUUUGAGCUGGAAGCACAAAAGAGAAGUCAGGAGGAAGCCAGAGAGGCAGAACUACGGCGAAGAGUAGAUCUCUUAGCCCAGCAAGCUCAGCUGCUGGUUACGGGUGACGCCACUGCACUCGCACAAGCCCAUAUCGAGCAAGAUCGCCAGAGGUUUGAGGAGCGGCAGGUGGAGUGGGAGCGCUGUGUGGCCUCACUGAAGUCCCAGCUGAACAUCAGCGAGGAGCAGAGGAGGGAGUCCGAGUCUCGCUUGACACAGCUUCAGCAGGAAUUAGAUAGCUACCAAAACCUUCAGCUGGAGGCUGAGAAGCUGCGGAAAAAUCUUGAUGAGGUGUCAGCAAAGCUUCAUAACUAUGAAGAGACUCAGGCUCAAAAAGAUGCUCGGCUACAGAAGCACCUCAUGCUUCUUCAAGCAAGUCAGGAGAGGGAGCGACGGAGCUUGAUGGCAAGCCUGGCGCAGGCUGAGCAGCAUUCACAAGAUCUCCAGGAGAAACUGGACAGGUCUGAGCAGCAGGUGGAGAGUCUCACUAAGACCCAGACGUGGACGAGAGAAAUCGAGGUGGCACAACGGCAGCUUCAGGAAGAGCUGGCACGUACAAUAUCUGCCAUACAGCGACUCCAGGAGGAAAGGGAGCAACUCGAUCGUCGCUGCCUUGAGCUGCAGGAUCAGUUAGCAGAGGCAGACAGGGAGGUGGGCAAGCUGCAGGAGCGCUUGAAAACAGAAGAAACGCACUACUACAACCUGGAGCACACGUAUGAGAGAGUCUGUGAGGAACUGCAGGUGGCACUGGGAAAACUGCAGCAAAGGGAGUCUGAUACGCAGGACAUAAGAGAAGGAUAUGAGAGACAACUUGAUAGGAAGGAGCAAGAGCUGAGUGAAGUUUUGCUAAAGAUGGAAGUCUUGGGUAACAGCUUGGAGGAGACGGAAGUGAAACUGAAUGAGGUGCUGAAAGCAUGCACCUGUGCCUCUUCUCAGCUGCAGGAUAACUCAGCAGAGACUAUUCAGCAUAACAAGAGGCAACAGCAAGCAACACAGCAUAUCAAUGUGGAAAAGGAUAUAGACAGUUACCAGUUGUCUAACAGGUCCAAUAUCGCAGAUGUCAGCCUGAUGAAUUCUAAAGAACCUGCAGCAAAAUCACUGGAUGAAUCAUAUCAAUACCUCAUCACUGCAGGAGAUGACCCAGAGCGCUUUAUGUCUGUAAUCCAGCUGCUUGAAACCAAGCUUUAUGUAACGGAGGAGAAGCUAAGAGACAUCACACAAAGGCUGGAGGAACACCAGAGUCACAUCAGCUGCCGGGACCCCCAGCUUUGCUCCCAGCUGACCCAGAGUCGAGCGACUACCCAGCACCUCAGUCUACUUCUUCACAAUCAGGCCAAGAAGAGCCAGCGCUUUGCCCAAGAGACAGAGAAUCGCUGCAGGAUGCUAGUCGGCAGGUUUCAGGUGGCUCAGAACAUCAUACAGGCCUGCAGAGAGAGACUUCAUGCUAGUCCCCUCGAUAUUCCAGACUUGGAGAAACAGCUGGCUACGGUCGCUGCCUGUCUUCAGCAAGGAGAGAAAGAUGCAGUGAAACACCAGCAUGAAUCAUAUAAUGUCAGCAAAGGAGAGGGCAAGAUCCUCAAUGAAGAGAAAUCAGCCGGGGCUAAGAGUAACAUGAGUAAACCGACUAAUACUUGGUCCUCUUUGGAUGAGGGUGGAAGUGUUGAGAGGUGCUUAAUGAGGGAAAUAUUCGUAGUAGAAAAAAUCGUGUCUGUCCUUCAGAGCCAACAUGGUCAGAUAACCUCAAUAUCAAGAAACGAUGAGGGGGAUGUGGCACAAAGGUACAAAAACAUAAUCGCUCGAAGAAUAGCGUUAAAAGCACAAGAAAGGAUGCGAUCUGAGAGAACAGGGUGUGACAGCGAUGAACUUUUAGAAAGUUUAAUCUGUACAGUUUGUGCUGAAGAGGAGCUAAUUUAUGCUGCCUUAAAAAUUCAUCAACAGUACGAGGGUGUGACUCCAGUAAACAGCAAAGACGCUGAGGACCGAAUGACGGGUCUGGCAGAUAUCAGUCCCUCGGAGUUGGCUUCUUAUGAGGAGAGACUGCAGGAAGAUGCCAGGGGCUUGGAAGAACCAGAAGAAGAGGACCAAUCAGAUAAUAAAAAAAUGGAGGAAAAGAAAAAACCAGACUGGUUAGAGAGGCUAAUAUCCCGGCUGCAGAGAAGGGCUACAUUUUUACACCAGCUCUGCCUGGUAAACUCUGGUGACAGCAGACCUGUCGGUGGUGAUGACAUGGAGCAUAGAGGGAAGGAAGCUGCUGCCUUUGACUUAAAAUGUAUGCUGGACCACGCAAAGUUAAUUUAUUUGUCAGAGCGGAUGUACAUGGAUUUAAAGCAGGAGUUUCAAAUUGACGUGAACAAACUGGAAGAGCAGCGCAACGAUGGAAUAGAGGAGCAGGAGGCCUUAAAUGACACAAUAUGCCAGCUUCAAGAAGACAACGGCGCGCUGAGAAAAGAACUGGAGCUGGCUGAAAAGAAGAUAAUAUCAGUAGAGACCGGGAACCAGAAACUCCUAGAAGACAUACAGAAGAUUGAGGAUUAUCAUGCAGAACGAGUGGAAAAACUGGAAGGCGAGUUUCAGGAGAAGAUAAAGGAACUGCAGCAGAUCCACGAAGAGGAGAUGAAGCACUUACAUGGCUACUACACCAAGUCCUGUGUUUCCAGAGAGAAACAGAGCAAAUCCCGCACAGAGGCACCUCUUUACAUCCCAAAUACAUCUUGUCUACCAGAGCAGAGUGUGAUGGAGCGGGAAACAGAGGAGGACUUUGGGAUCCAAAUGAAUUACAAGAAAGAUUUGGAAAACAUUCAGGCUUCCUGUGAACAGGAGUUGACUGCUGUGGAGGAAAUGCACAGGGAUCUGAUAGAAGACUUGCAGCAGCAGCAUCAGAAGGAGGUGGCUGAACUUCUGAAGGAGAAAGAGCAGCUCCUGCAGGAGGAGACAGCCGCGACAAUGGCAGCUAUUGUGGCAAUGAGGAGGGCUCACAAACUGGAGCUAGAGAAAAGCAGACAGUCCCAGCGCAUCAUGGAAAGCGAUGAUGUCACGCUGCUCCACGGCGAAUACGAGAAGGAGAUCCAGUUAUUGCAGAAGGAGCUGGAGAUGCUGUCGGUUCAGCACACCGAGAAAUGCCUGGAAAACUCUCAGCUCAGAGAGGAACUGCAAGAUGAGAGAAAAUCAAUGAUGCAGUGCCAAAAAGAAAACCAGGAACUCAAAAAGAAACAGGUGAUUCUGAGGUCGAGGGAGGCAGAAAUUCAGUUUCUCAGACAGGAAUCUCAUUCUCUCAGAGAAGAGUUGAAGAUUGCUCAGAUGGACAAAAUAUAUGCUGAGAAUAGGCUCAAGACCCCCUAUACAAACAGCCAAGGUGAACCCCACCAACAUGUCAAUAGGCUUGGUGAAGAUUUUAAGUUCUCCACCUGGUCUCCAAGAAGAGUCACUGCAGGGCCGAGCCACGAUGACUCUGAGGGAAAGACAAACACUGCUACUUUUCCAAAGAAAUCAUCCCUCGUGCGACAAAUAAGAGAUGUCAGAUCGAAGAGUUUAAAAGAGGGCCUUUCUGUCCAAGAAAGGAUGAAGCUGUUCGAGUCAUUCUGAUCCAGAGAAGAUGACCAGCUGACAUCAGAGCUUUUCAGAAAUCUGUUUUAUUAUAACCUUUUUGUGUGUUGAAUGAUCAGAACAGGACACUAGAGGGCGCAACAAACACAGGUCAUUUUACACAUGCAUUCAGUGCAUUACACAGAGGUUUUGUAACUUAAAGACAAACUGUAUUUUUAUUGAAACACAGCUCACAUAAGCGUAUUGGAUCACUUGUAUUUGACAUUAUAGGCCACAUAACGCAACAUUUACCCUUCCAGCAGAGGAAAUACAUUCCUGAAAGAGAAGAGAUGCUACUGUACUUUUAUUACCUUCAUAUUUAUUCGAAACAGCUGCUUUAUGACUUCAAAUAAAUGAGCUUUCAAGUAAAACAAGGUUGGUCAAAAAUAAUGUGGAUCUCUG